ACAUUCACAACCCAAGUAAUUUGACUAGAAUCUUUAAACCUCUUCUCAAACUCUCUUUGCCUAAUUCUGUUAUUUUUAGAAAGGCUGAUUAAAGAUGGCAUAUGCAGGUAUACAGAUGUUCAUGGAUAAGUUGAACCAGCUUAUUAACUGCGACGACAUUCCAUCGAUCAACAACCCGGAAAUUAUGAGUGAAAGGCCUCAACUCCAACUUCUAUAUGAAGAGCUGGGCUCCAUGAUCCAAACCCUUUUCAUCGACCAACAUCAAGACCUACAUGACCUCCAAAAGGUUGGUGAUCUGAAGAAAAGAUUCAUAGACGCAGCAGAAGAGGCACAGUAUAACGUAGAUCUGUUUCUAUCCGGUGUUCACAUCAGGAAUACUACAAAAGAUUUCCCUACAUCUGAGGAUUUUAGCCCUUCCUUAAAUCUUGAUGAUGUUAGGAGAUCAUUAAAGUCUGUCGAGGUGGAAUUGAUGAGUAUGAUCAUGGAUAACAUGAAGGUGGGGUCAUCUCGAAGACGUGAAAGAACACUAAAUCAAUCUGCUCCAGUUUCCAUAUCCAGAAAUUCACUAGGAUCCAAGAAAUUAUUGGAUGAAAUCUUUGUGGGGAUUGAUCGUGAUGCUGAGCUCAUAAGAGAUAAGCUUGUGGAAGAUCAAAAGAAGCUGAAUGUUGUCUCUAUUGUUGGUAUGGGAGGAAUUGGAAAGACUACCCUGGCCACCAAAGUAUUCAAUGAUGGAUAUGUUAGGCAUCAUUUCCAUGUCCGUGUAUGGGUCACUGUUUCUCAAACAUAUGAUAAGCGGGCUGUGUUGAUUCAAAUUCUGGAAUCCAUCUGUGCCCCACUAGACCUUGAAAAGACCAGUGACUCUCGACUUCGUGAACUAGUGCACAAACACCUAUUUGGUAAGAGAUAUUUGAUGGUGAUGGAUGAUGUCUGGCAAAUAGAAACAUGGGAUAACCUGAAAUCCUUUUUCCCCCAUGAUAACAAUAGAAGUCGAAUUCUGCUCACCAGUCGCCUCACUGAAGUUGCUAAGCAUGCUAAUUUAGAUGGACUCACUCAUCACUUAGGAUACUUGAACAAUGAAAGAAGCUGGGAGUUGUUAUGUCAAAAGGUGUUCCAAGGCAAUGAGUGCCCUGAAUGGUCGAUUAAACGUGGAAUGCAAAUAGUAGAACAUUGUCAAGGAUUACCACUUGCGGUGGUUGUCAUUGCUGGAGUUCUAGCAAGAGAAGCAUGGAGUGAAAAGUUUUGGGAGGAAAUUGCUAAGAGGACCGGUUCGUACAUUGUUGGUGACCAGAAUGGAUGCAUGGAAACAUUAGGUUUAAGUUACAAUCAUCUUCCUCUGCACUUGAGAGAGUGCUUUCUUUAUCUUGGUGGCUUCCCAGAAGACUUUAAGUUUGAAGUAAAAAGGCUGAUGUGGUUAUGGGUGGCUGAGGGAUUCAUUCAAAAAGAUGGAAAUAGAAGGUUGGAGGAUAUUGGAGAGGGUUACCUAAUGGAUCUAGUUGACAGAAAUCUUGUAAUUGUAGACAGGUGGAAGUCAGUUGGAAGUGUGAAAGCUUGUAAAGUGCAUGAUCUUGUUAGGGAGCUAUGCUUGAAAAAAGCCAAGGAAGAGCGAUUCAUCCUUAAAACAAAUACCUCUCAACUUGAUCAGGUUAAGAAACGACCAUAUAAGGUAGAAUGUAUGUUCACAAAUAAUGGUAUAAUGGUUCCGUCUGCCGAAAACUGUCGAUCGGUUUUGAUUUUUGGUAAAAAAGGAUUCCUCGUGGAAGACAUUGCAAAGCAAUUCCGAUCCUUUGUGCUACUUAGAGUGUUAAAGCUACACAAAUGCAGACUGAAUGAUUUUCCCAAAGCCAUCAAACUACUAGUUCACUUGAGGUAUCUUGAAAUUUGGAAAGAAUCAGAAGGAUUCCCAUCUUCAAUAUGCAAUUUAUGGGGUCUUCAAACCCUCAUUUAUGUUACAGAAGAGUAUAGUGUAGAUUUACCUAGUAACAUAUCAAAUUUGGUAAAUCUGAGGCAUUUGCGGGGCCAAGUUAUUUCCCUUCCGUCCAUUGAAAAACCAAUGAAUUUGCAAACUAUUUCAUAUAUAAGUUUGGGAGAAGGGGUAGCUAAUUUUCAAAAGUGUUUUCCAAACAUUAAGGAACAUACAUGUUGUACAUGCUCAGAUGAGCAAAAUGACUUCAAAUCUCUCACCUUCCUUGAAAAGCUCUCAUUAGUUGGCGACUUUGAAAGACGGGUGGAGCGCAUUACAUUCCCAACAUCAUUGAAAACACUUACACUAGAAAAGUGUCGUCUACCAUGGAGUGAAAUGUCAAUCAUUCAGUCGUUACCUAAUCUCCAGCAUCUCAAACUACACCCCCAUGCCUUUGAAGGAAGCUGCUGGAACACAAAUGGACAAGAGUUUCCACAGCUAAAAUUAUUGAAUCUUGAGUGGUUAAAUAUCAAAGUGUGGGAAGCCUAUAGUGAAAGCUUCCCGUGUUUGAGACAAUUACAAAUUACCAAUUGCAGGAAUCUUGAAGAGAUCCCCCUUGAAAUUGGAGAAAUACCAACGCUUGAGCUAAUUCAAAUCAGGGGCUGUAGGGACUCUGUUAUUGAAUCAGUUAGAAGAAUUGAAGAAGAGCAAGGUGAUUUGGGAAACUACGACCUAAAAAUUGACAUUAUCGAACGGGAAAGGUAACCGUCUCAUAGAAAAGGUAAGUUACUUUCUCGGGAGGUCUUGAAGACUGGACCUGUUAAACUUGCAACGUGAUGAUGGGAACCAGAAACAAAAUGACUGGGGAUCCAGGGCAAGAAUGCUUGAGGAAAAGACAUGAAACUUGAAAUAUGAACUUGAUUUUUGAGAAAAAGACAAUGUAAAUAAUGAAGAAAAAGAGAUGAAACUUGAAAUAUGAA